ACUGUCUCAAAUGAGAGUGGAGAGAGAUGUAUUAAUCUCUGGGUAAACUACUAAGUCAUCAGGAGUUGGUUUAAAACUAUAUCCAUUUAGCAAAAUAAUAGGAGUAGGUAAUGUAGGAACUAUUGUAUGUGUGGCUCAGUUCUUGUCUUGGUGACCAGUAGAGGUUUCAUCUUGUAGAGAGACACGUGAAUCCACGCAGAAGAUGGUUGGUUGCUCCCAUGAUGGCUUUGCCACUGUUGCACCCUGGACACAUCUGCACACCUUGCCGGGCCAGUCAUUAUUGUAGCUUGCAAGGCUCACAGCUAGAUUGGACUCUGCAAGUAGACUCUUCUAUAGGGAGAGUGUUCCGGAGAGUGGGAGAUGGCCCCGGGGCUCCUGACAACCAGAGACGAGGCAUUAAUGGCUUUCCAUGAUGUGGCUGUGGCCUUCAACCAGAUGGAGUGGGAACUGUUGAGCCCUUCUCAGAGGAUCCUGUACAGGGAAGUGAUGCUGGAGAACUACAGCCACCUGGUCUCCCUGGGAAUUGCGUUUUCCAAACCCAAACUCAUCACACAGCUGGAACAAGGGGCAGAGCCCUGGAGAGAUGGCAGCGACUGCCUUCUGGACCUUUGUCUAGCAGAACCCAGGACAGAAUUAGAGCCCCUUCUCUCCUGCCCGAUAUCCUUGGCUAGUCCGGAAGUCCUCAGAGUGUGUGUGCUGAGUGGACACCCCCCAGAGACUUUCCCAAGCCCACCAGCAGGCAGCCACCUCCAGCUGGAAGCUCCCGGCUGUUCUAGCAGUAAAGGAGUUGAAGAGGACGAUAGCGAUGCCCUGUCGCAGGGAUCGAGUCCAGCGAGGAUCCUGAAGACAUUCUUUAGUCAAGGUCAGGCAGUGUACUGGGGAGAAGGCAAUAGGAAACAAACAGAGCUUGGCCUGGCCUCAGACGGGAUCCCUGAGAAGGCAGACGCAACAUCGAUGGGAUCUGAUGAGUCAGCAUCUGGAGCAGUCAUGCAUGGAGCAUUUCCAUUGGGGCUUAACGAUGCCGCGAGCCUGUUCAGCCCUCCGAAGCAUCAUGGAUAUCCUGACUGCGGAGGAGACUUUUGCCAGAGAUCGGACCUCAUGAAGCCCCAGAGACUGCACGGAGCGGAGAAGCCUUACUCGUGUGCUGAGUGUGGGCACCAGUUCACUCAGAAGGCGUCUCUCACUGUCCACCAGAGGAAGCACUCCGGAGAGAAGCCGUAUGUGUGUGGGGAGUGUGGGCGGGGCUUCAUGUAUGCAUCCUCUCUCAACAAUCACAAGAAGAUUAUUCACUCCGGAGAGAGCCCCCUUGUGUGUGCGGAGUGUGGGCGAGGCUUCCGCCAGAAGGUGGACCUCCUCCUACACCAGAGGACUCACCUGGACACAAAGCCCUUCGUGUGUCCUGAGUGCGGGAGAGGCUUUUGCCGAAAGGCCUCGCUGCUACAGCACAGGUGGAGUGCUCACUCGGGCGACAACCCCUUCUUAUGCUCGGUGUGCGGCCGCGGCUUCAGGCUGCUGUCAAGGCUCCUCACUCACCAGGUCACACACUCCGGGGAGAAACCCUACGUUUGCGCUGACUGCGGGCAGCGCUUUGGCCAGAAGGGCACGCUCAUCCGACACCAGAAGACACACACCGGGGAGAAACCUCACGUGUGUCGCCAGUGUGGCUGGGGUUUCACCCAGAAGGUAAACCUCAUUAGACACCAGAGGACUCACACUGAGGAGAAACCUUACCUGUGCCCGGAGUGCGGGCAAGCCUUUGAGUUCAAGGCUCUCCUCACCAGGCACCAGAAGACACACAUGGGGGAGAAGCCCUAUGUGUGCCCUCAGUGUGGCAGGGGUUUUAGCCAGAAGUUCAACCUCAUCGGGCACCAGAGGAUUCACACAGGGGAGCUGCCUUUCCUGUGCCCCGAGUGCGGGCGUGGGUUUGUGAAGCAGGCCACGCUGAUCAGACACCAGAGGACCCACGCAGGGUGGGAGAAGCCUUACCAGUGUCCCGAGUGCGGGCGAGCGUUUGAGUUCAAGUCUCUGCUCACCAGGCACCAGAAGAUCCACACGGGGGAGAAGCCCUAUGUGUGUCCUCAGUGUGGAAGGGGUUUUAGCCAGAAGUUCAACCUCAUCGGGCACCAGAAGACACACACUGGGGAGAAGCCCUAUGUGUGCUCCCAGUGUGGCCAGAGUUUUAGGCAGAAGUUCAACCUACUCAGGCACCAGAGGAUUCACACAGGCGAGAAGCCCUUCCUGUGCACUGAGUGCGGGCAUGCGUUUGGAAAGAAGGUCUCUCUCAUCAGACACCAGAGGACCCACGGAGAGGAGAAGCCUUACCGGUGCCCCGAGUGUGGGCGAGCUUUUGAGUUCAAGUCACUCCUCAUCAGGCACCAGAAGACACACACGGGAGAGAAGCCUUAUGUGUGCUCCCAGUGUGGCAAGGCUUUUAGCCAGAAGUUCAACCUCAUCGGGCACCAGAGGAGCCAUACAGGGGAGAAGCCUUACCCGUGCCCCCAGUGUGGGCGAGCCUUUGGCUUUAAGUCUCUUCUCACCCGACACCAGAGGACACACUCGAAGUAGCAGCUUUCUGUAAACGGCAUAUGUGGGCAGACGCUGGAUGGGAUGUCACACUCCACUCUGACUGGAGGACUCGGUCAGUUCAUAGAGAAGCCAUGUGUUUUGGGUGUGGCUUUGGCUGUAACUCGGCCCUGAUUUUACAUCAGCCUACCUACUCUGGGACGGAGCUUCUGUGUGCAGGGAUUGCCGGAGGUUUCAGCCAGAAUUGUCACCACCACAGACAUGGGAGCACCAAGUGUGGCCCACAACUCCCAGCCUGUUGACCUGUCUUGUUCCUCCCUUUCUCCAGGAGCAUGAAGCUGGCAGAACUCACUGGUGAAUGUUCCAUUUUCCUGAAAUGGAAUGGGGGAAAGUCCUUGCUUGUUCACGAAAUCCGUUUACGGUUUAUUUUCUUCACUUAGUAGUGCUAGCUUUCUAGGGCUCCCUAACAAAGUACCCCAGACUGUGUGGCUUAGGCAAAAGAAGUUUACUUUGUCCUGUGUGUGGAGCCCGGGAGUCCUCUCUCAGACUGGCUCAGGUGUGGCCCCUGCCUCACCUCUCUCUCUGGUGGCUGGCUUCCUGUAGUGUACAUGAUUUCCUAGUCCUGUCCUCCCAGAUGGGGCCACACCAGAGGGCCUUGUUCACCUUUGAUCACUUCUUUAAGUGUCCUGUUCCAAGUCGCAUUACAUUAGAGGUAAGGCAUCAGUAUUUACAUUGUGGGGAAUGUGAUUCAGUCAACAGCUGGUUCCCCCACAACACCAGAGUUGCUAUUUGGACAAAAAAAAAAAAUACAUUCAUGUCAUCCCCAGACCUCAAACCCUUAACUCAUUUCAGCAUCAGCUCUAAAUUGAAAGUCUCUAAUAUACAUAUCUAAAUCGUGUGUGGGUGAGGCUUUAAGUCCAGUUCACCUGUAAGCCACAUUUUCAUCUGCAGUCCUAGGAAAUCCAACAUGGAAUUUGCUUCUAAAUUCCAAUGGCCAGACAGACUCAGGCUAGGCACUCUUAUUCCAAAAGGGAAACAUUGGAAAGGCCUGAGGAACGAUGGGCCCCAGUGUCAGCUGCAAACCUAGCAGGGCAAAUUCUAUGGAACCUUAAGUCUCAAGAAUAAUAUUUGGCUCAAUGUUCUGUCCCCUGGCUCACAGGAAGGGCAAGUAAUAUUGUUUCCCUAGCCGUGAACAAUGGUGUCUGAGCCAUGGACACUGAGGAGACACAUUUGACCUCACUCCAGACCUGUUCUCUCUGCCCUCUGGUCAGAGUAGUGACCCUGACUUACGAGUCCUGUUUGGAACCACAUCCCCCCUUUUUCUUUUUUUCCUUUUCCUAAUCCCUCCCUCCCUCCCUUCCCCCUCUCUCUUAAUAUAUAGACCACGUUGGCCUUAAAUGCACAGGGCUCCACCUACUUCUGCCUCCCCAGCACUUAGAUCAAGGGUGCGAGCCACCACACCAAGUUCUUUCCUUUUUGUGAAGAUGGACACAUGUUUACAGCUUGGAGCUCCACAAAUAUUUCUUUUUUUUUUUUAAGGUUUAUUUAUUACGUAUACAGUGUUCUGCCUGCAUGUAUCCCUGCAGGUCAGAAGAGGGCACCAGAUCCCAUUACAGAUGGUUGUGAACCACCAUGUGGUUGCUGGAAAUUGAACUCAGGUCCUUUGAAAGACCAGCUAGUGUUCUUAACCAUCUCUCUAGCCCCCUAAUAUUUUCUCCCCCCCCACAUGCUGAGUGUUUAUUUUAUUCUCGAUAUACCCUUGGAGGUGGGACAACCGUCUUCACAGAUACGGAGGUGCGAGGACCUGAAGGGGAGGGGCGGGGGCCUCAUGUCUUUGGUUUUUCCACCAGUUACAGCCGUCUCCAUCAAAGGAAUACUAGUCACCAUCGGUCACCAUGCGGGGCCUGAUAAGCUACACUUUCUCCAGCUGUCUUCUCACCUGGGCACAGUACCGCUGCUCUCACAGGACAGCUACCCACAGAUUAGGGGUAGGAUGCAGGAGUGAAGAGCACAGCUUCAGUAUCCCCAAUGUGCUAAAGUCAUCCUUUAGCAGGUUCAGGCCGCUGAGGCGCGGGAUGCAAGAGCGGGCCAAUGACAGCUCCUCGCAGCAGUCAGAAGUCAACCCGAGUCUCCUCAGGGAACUGCUACCUUGCUUCAGUCCCUUGCACAGGGCUAUGACUCCACUGUCAGCCAGGGCGUUGCUACCCAGAUCCAAGCUCUUCAGAUGUUGGUUCGUUGGUGAUCACAGAGACCAAAUCUUCGCAUCAGUCCCCUGUGAGCUGGCAGCCCACCAGUUCCAGCUCCUGGAGGUGACAAGUGGCCUCCUUUGUGGCGUCACACAGAAGCUUCAGCCCACCAUCCUCCACGGGGUUCAUGUUCAGGCUCAGGUGUGUCAGCUUUCCGCUGUUGAAAAGCAGCAGCGCCAGGAAGCCGCAGGUGUCUCUGAGGUUGCACCGGUUCAGUAUCGGGCGCGGUAGAGCACAUCCCGGGCGUCUCACAAACUGACACAGCCAUCUCACUUCUUCAGUCCUCAGGCUGUUGUUUGACAGGCACAGGUGCAGCAAGGUCCGGCUGCCGAGAAGGGCUGAGGCCAGAAUGGGGCAGCUGAGGUCACAGCUGCGCAGUAUCAGCCUUUGGAGCGCACACUUGGAGCUACUCCCGGCUUCACAGAGCCACCUCGUGCUGUUUUCUGCCACCUUGUUUCCUCCCAGGCUGAGGCACUUUAGGUGGUCAGAGGAGGAGCUUGGAGAGCAUCAUGUAGCAAUCAGGGGUCAACUCACAGGAAUCCAGUCUCAGAGUUUCCAGGGAGCAGUUUGGGUGUCUCAGUGCUUCACAGGCUAACUUGAUGUCUUCCUUCAUGAGAGUGUUCCCCCGAUGGAGGUAUUUUAAGGUCUGAUUGCUAAUGAGGGUCAUCCAGAGAUACCGAAGACUGGAUGCUACCUCCACAUUCUUAAACGUCACAGUCUGCACUUUACAGGUUGGAUUCCUCUGUUUCAGACACAGUAUCUUCAUGGCCCAUUCUUUCAGGAUGCUGCUGCCCAGGUCCAGCUGCUUCAGUUUCGGGUGGGUGCCCAGGACAGAGCAGAGGAAGUUCUCCCAGCACUCUAUGAUGAGGGGCUUCCCCUGUGUCAGCGAGGGAGAAAAAAAGGAGAGGGUACUGCACAGGUAGAUUUGAACGCCAGUGACCGCCACAAGGAGACCACCGGAGAGGAGACCAGACUCUAAGAGGGUGCAAGACAGCUGAGGAAAUAAAGCCAGCUCAGUACCUGGUGUGCCAAACACCAGGGCCAGCUCCUGAUCUGCUAGGAGCCUUACAAACAGCCCAAGCUACACACUGUCACACACAUGCAGAGGGCCCGUGCAGGCUCCCUAACUGUUGCUCCCAGAGUCCAUGUGCUCCCAAGAGCUCAGGUCCCAUCCCCCCAUCCAGUUUACCCAGGAGAUCUCUUCUGUUCCCGUCCCAGGGAAAUGCACGCACCCCUCUUUGGGCUCUCUUUGUUAUCUAGCCUCUAUGGGGCUGUGAACUUUAGGCUGGUGAUCAUGUACUUUACUCCUAAUAAAGGAUACCAACUUUUAGUUCCAAAAAUUAAUUUAAGCGUGCCUAAUUCCUGAAACCUCAUCAGGACCAGCUUACACAUACACCUCAAAUGGGCUUAGCUGCCACAUGUUACACAGUUCCAAGCCACAAACACAUUUUUAUGUUUGUUAUGACAACACCCCACUCUUGGCUCUAAACUCUGUACUAGCUAGGGUUACCAUAGGACUUCCCAGGUUCCUUCUCUUCCCUUUCCCCAUUCUUAUCCCAAACCCCAAACCUCCCUGCCUUUACUCUUCUUUUGAAACGCUCUCAUGUAGCUCAGGAAGGCCUUGAACUCACUAUGGAGCCAGACUGGUCUAACCUGAUUCUAACUGUACUCCCCAGUGCUGGAUUGCAAGUAUGAGCUCCUGUGCCCAGCCUUUCCAGUCUUACAAGGCCAUUUCAUACUGAAUUAGGACCACCCUUGUACAUUUCUGGACCUCUUUAAUGCUCUGUCUCCAAAUACAGACACAUCAUCGGGACUUUAAUACACGAGUAGGCUUGGAGUGGGACACAGUUCAAUACAGCAGUAUUCCCCUUCCAUCUGCAAAAGUUGACUAGCUGUCAACCCCGCAUAAGAGGUGUCUGACCAUCUUUUCCCUUCUCCAUAGUGGUGAAGAUGAUGGAAACCACUAGUAAAUGUUCGCUUUUCUGAUGGGGAGGGAGGAAAGCUGCGUUUUCUCACUGUCCAUGGGAUAGCUGACUGCCUUUUACACUGCAGUUUUCUGUACCUUAUAACCUUUUCUUCAAAUAAACCGGUUCUCUACAAAGCUGCA